AUGCAAAUUCUCAUCACCGGAGCAGCCGGCUUCAUCGGCCAACUCCUCGCAAAAGAGCUCCUCAACGAUCCAUCAUACACCGUCACACUAACCGAUAUCAAUGAGCCCCCAAUCCCCACAGGCGUCGCAUACCCUCAAAAUGCACGUUCAGUGACAGCAGACCUCCUGAAAGGCGCAGACGCAGUCGUGGACAAAUCCCUCGACGCCGUCUACGCCUUCCACGGAAUCAUGUCAUCCGGCUCAGAAGCCAAUUUCGAUCUAGGCAUGAGCGUCAACGUAGACGCCACCCGUAACCUGCUUGAGGCUCUCCGCCGCACCUGUCCCGGCGUGCGAGUGAUUUAUUCCUCAAGCCAGGCUGUCUACGGCCAGCCACUCCCCGAAGUAGUGAACGACAGUGUCAUCCCGACGCCGCAGUCGUCCUACGGCGCUGAGAAGAUCAUCUGUGAGACUCUCAUCAAUGAGUACACCCGUCGUGGCUUCAUCACGGGCUUUACUCUUCGCUUCCCCACUAUUUCUGUCCGGCCUGGUCGUCCGACGGCUGCUGCUUCGUCUUUUCUCUCUGGGAUGAUCCGCGAGCCGCUCGACGGCAAGGAGUGUGUCAUUCCGCUGGAGGAUAGGUCGUUCAAGUCUUGGUUAUGCUCGCCCAAGACUCUGGUUCAUAAUCUUGUCCAUACGUUAUCGUUGCCCAAGGAUGCGUUGCCUCCUCAUAUUCGACAGAUUAACGUUCCUGGUAUUUGUGUUACUAUUCAAGAUAUGAUGGAUGCUUUGGAGAAGGUUGCAGGGAAGGAUAAGCUCGAUCUGUUGACGGAGAAGGAGGAUCCGACCCUCAGGCCGAUCUUGGACUCUUGGCCUACUCGCUUCGAUAACUCUCAGGCUAUUUCUUUGGGUUUCAAGCGAGAUUCUUCGUUUGAGCAAGCAGUAAGAGAUUAUCAAUUGGAAAUAGGACAGCAAUGA